UAGUUAAAUCAUAACAACUCCGGGUAGCUUCCCGGAACAAUCAUAUUUUAAAAAUCAUAUUUAUCACCACAGUAUUUGUACCGCUUUUUUCAGUAAGAGCUAAAUCGAGUCUGUACUGGUGUAAAAGGAAUCGGAAAGUCCACUUGCUAAUAUUUAGUGGUGAGAAUUGAGGAAACUAUGAAGGUACACAUGCACACCAAGUUCUGUUUCCUGUGCGUGGUGACAUUCCUGUUUCAUCAGUGCAGCCACUGCCACAAGGAUGGCCACCACCACGAUGGGGAGGGGGACCACGUCCACGAUCACAAUGACUACCAGAUCUCCCAGGAGCCUUACAUGCAGAACAGUGUGGACAUCGAGCCUCCUCCUGACCACGACUCGCCAUCUGGCAAAGAGGCUGAGAGCGAGCAGAAGUUUUACAUAGAGCAGCUGUUCCGGCGCUAUGGGGACAGAGGGAAACUCAACUUUGGAGGCUUUAAGAAGCUGCUGUCCAGCCUGGGGCUUGGGGAAGUGCAUGUGGUAGAGAUGGACCAUGAGGACUUGGGACACGAUCACGUGGCUCAUUUGGACGCGCUGGAGGUACAAGAAGGGCUGCAUUCCCACACGCACCACCACCCCCCUACUCCACUCUCCCAUUCUCACACGCACUCCAACCAGGAGGAGAACAAGACUAGUGUUAGGGGUGUCCAUUCUGCCCGCUGCAACCAGUCCCAGCAAAGGACAGCAGGACCUACUCCCACCGGGCAUUCCCAUGAGGACCACAACCACCUGCACAAACUCCACUCACAUUACCACAACCAUACUGAUUCUCCCAUACACCACCAUCACUCCCAUCAUCAUCACCAUCACGUGAACCACAGUGUUUCUGGAAGCAGAGUGACCGCAGAGGCUUCACAAAGCUUGAACUCUACCCACCAGCAGCAGCAACAACAGUCUACAGAAACCGCGACCAGGAAGCACAGGAAGAAAAAGAAAGGCAUCCGUAACAAAGAUGCAGCUCCCCAGGCCGUGUCUCCCCACGAGGGUGAUCACCACAGCAAUGAAAGCCAGAACCCACACUUGCACGCAGGGGAUGCACAUACGAACACUGACAAUGAUGAGCAUGCCAGUGGCCAUAAACACAGCCAUGAGGACGAGCACGCACAUGUACGCAAGCGAGAGGCACCCAACAAUCACAAAGCUGCUGCCAAACGCACUGUGCCAUUCUCUCUGGGUGAUCAUCUAGCAGGCGAAGCACACUUGCACGAUGAGUGUCUGAACGUCACACAGCUGCUGGAGUACUAUGGUUUUAGCCCAAGCUCCCUGAUCUCCCAAGAGCAGUUCACCUACCUCUGCCCUGCCCUGCUCUACCAGAUCGACAGCAGGGCCUGCAUCCGACACAGUGACGAACUGGCCAUCGACCACAAGUCUCUGAACGAGUCUGCUUUGUCAGCCUGGGUCUGGGGACUCCUCUCCAUCACCAUCAUCAGUCUGCUGUCCCUGCUUGGAGUGAUACUGGUUCCCAUCAGUAACCAGUCUUGCUUCAAGUUCCUUCUCACAUUCCUGGUGGCUCUGGCAGUGGGGACACUGAGUGGAGACGCACUGCUCCAUCUACUGCCCCAUUCACAAGGCGGACAUGAUCACAGUCAUGAAGGCGGGAAGGGGAAGGGGGAGCAUGAGCAGGAGGACUCUGACUACCUGACCCAGUACAAUGCUGUGUGGAAGGGCCUGACUGCCCUGGGGGGCAUCUACCUCCUCUUCAUCAUUGAGCACUGCAUAGGAAUGUUCAAGCACUACAAGGACAAAGGGGGGAACAGAUCUUGGUGCUGGAAGAAAAAGAAGGGGGAUGAAACGACAAUCGGAAGGAAGCUGUCUGAUCAUAAACGCAGGUCAGACGCAGAGUGGCUGAACCUGAAACCACUGACAGGGCCAGGUGAUUCUGCACUGUCUGACAAUAAGCACAAUAACACUCAGCUGACAGAGCUUCAGGGCCCCCCAGACUCCCCCAACAAGAGACCCCUGUCCCCAGAAGAGGGGGCUAUCAUGCUCCCCCAACACGAAGAGCACAAACACCAUCACCAGGAGGCAGACUUCUCUGCAGCAGCGGGGAACGGGAGGAAAGUGAAAACGAAGAAGCACCACCACUCGCAUGGACACGGGCAUUCCCAUGGGAACUGCCACUCUGACCAGGAGAUGAAGGAUGCUGGGAUAGCUAGCAUUGCCUGGAUGGUGAUCAUGGGGGACGGCAUGCACAAUUUCAGUGACGGUCUGGCUAUAGGUGCUGCAUUCAGUGCAGGGUUGACGGGGGGCAUCAGUACCUCCAUUGCUGUAUUUUGCCAUGAGCUCCCUCAUGAGCUUGGUGAUUUUGCAGUGCUGCUGAAGGCUGGCAUGUCAGUGAGGCAGGCCAUCGUUUACAACCUGCUGUCUGCUCUCAUGGCGUACGUGGGCAUGGUGAUCGGCACGGCUGUGGGCCAAUACACUGACAACCUGACCCCCUGGAUCUUUGCAGUAACCGCUGGCAUGUUCCUCUACGUAGCACUGGUGGAUAUGCUGCCAGAGAUGCUUCACGGGAACAGUGAGGAGCUCCAGGAGUGCCCGUUGGGCUACUUCCUCCUGCAGAACAUGGGCCUGCUGGUGGGGUUCGGCAUCAUGCUGCUCAUCGCCAUCUUUGAGGACAAGAUAGUCCUGGACAUACAGUUCUAGCUAGUCAAUACCCAAGAGAGAGAGAGCAGUGUCGUGGUACUUUGCUUCACCUUAAUGCAGUCCAUUCGUGUAUGAACUUGGCAAUGGCAAUCAUUCAUAUUUCAAUCAGAAAAAGCAGUGGCGUACGGUUUCAUUAUCAUCAUGAAGUGUUUUUUUUAUUGACCCAACCCUACCUGGGUUAUCUUAGUGUAGACAUGAUUCUGAAAGAUAUUUUGAGGCCACAGGGGUGCUUUUUAAGUUUUCACACCAAGCUGUGAUGACCUGAAACAGAAAGUGAUAUAAAGUAAAUCUAGACAACAACAAUAAUGAUACGUUAGUUGAUAUAACUCUUAUUCUUCACACCCAUACCCAGUUGCUUUUUAAUUUUGGUGCUGUCAGUCAGCACUGGCUUUACUAGCGCACGUUGGAACCUUUCCUUCCGAACAGCUCGAUUUCCCCCUAACAAGAUCAUCAAAUCUGGAAACAGUAUAACAGUAUACUGUCUGAUUUUUAGCAAGCUUUUGAUGCAAAGCUUGAACAUUUUUGGAGCACAGCAUUUUUACAGUUCAACACACAGGUAUCACUUUAUUUGCAGCCUGUGAUUGCCUGUUAAGAGUCAUAGAAACCUUGGCCUUAACCUCCAAUGAGAGUGUGAAAAUGACUUCAACCCCUUUUAAUACAACACACAGAGCUACUGUUCAGGUAUUACCGACAAGCAAAGCAUACAGUAGGUCAUUCCAGUUUUGGUGUAAUAGCAACUGUUUUUAAUGCAUACACUUAGCAUUGGUCAGUUCAAUUUUCUAGCACUUUUUUUAAAAUGCUAAAAUAUUUUAUUGAUUUUUUUUUUUUUUUUUGUGGUUGUGCUGCUGUAUCCAAUCCGUACACCUGUAAUGCACAGCAAAACCACGGUUAUGGAGAGGACUACAUUACAAUACUGUUCCAUGCUAGUACUCGGCUCAAUGAUCAUCCUCCACUUUGAAAAAAAUGAAAUCGUCAAGACAAGUACUUUUUGGUGGUCUCAUAUUAUAGAAUGAGCUUAUUAUGCAACCCAUUGUCAUUACACUGAUGUUCUACAAAAUUCCAGUGUUAUGUAUAUAGAGCACCAUGAUGCCAAAUGUCAGACACCAUGUUUACAAUGAAGCUGUAGUGUGUCAGGCAGUGGCCACAGUAGAAAUCUCUUGAUACGCAAGUUCUCGUUCCCUCCUGUCAUUCCAUUCCAGUCUGUGAUACCUCACUACCAAACCAUUGUCUUGUGUCCAGAAAGGCUCAAGGCAGCUAGCUCGUGCCUAUGUUCGCUGGAGUACAUAAUUGUUCAUCUGUACGGUUUAUCCUGUCACUGUGUGACGUCCGUGUACUUGUUUAUUGGGUGUAAACUUUUGUAAUUUCCUUUAAGUAAUGUAAUUGAUUGGAUAGGAUCAUGCAUGAGGCAUGAUGGUUAAAAAGAUGUGCUUGUAGGAGUAGGGUUCUUUUUUCUUGUUGCUUUUAGUUUAGUUGGUAUUCAUUAAACAAAUUAAUAAAUACAUGAUUAAAAAUAUGCAAUACCAGAUGGUUUAAUACAGAACUGUCAGGUUCAGUACAAUUGGGAUGAAGGCCCAUUCAGGAGGUACUGUAUGGAGAGCUGUCUGUGUACAAAUAUAAGUUGAGAUGGGUCAACUAAUUGCUUAGACCUGUGUAGAUCCAUAUGAAAUAGUAAUUGCA